GGACGGAGGCACUCGGCUAAAGGCUAAAAGCAGCUCAGAGGCUGUAAUCCCCGGAUGAAAAACCAUCAUGGCUGCCACUCGCUGAGCUGUCAAGCUCUCCACAAAAGAAAAGAAAUCUGGAAAAAAACAAAAUAAAACCAUGGAUUCGGUGGGUAUCUGCACAGCUACAUCUGCAGGAGAUAAUAAACAGCGUACCAACAAUAAGAACAGAGACCGCCACAAACAGCUCCACCUCAGGAAGAAUGCCGUUCAGCCCCUAGCUAUGCAAAAUGAAGAUAAGCGUGGACCAAAAAAGAUAUCAGAGGAGUGGGAGCAGAGCACGGUGCGGCCUUUAUCAAAGAAGCCCUCACAGGAAGUGCCGCAAAGCCAGUGCGGGACAAAUAACUGUGGGAAUGCGCUCCGGUUCACCUGCUCUCAGUGCAGUGACAAUUUGGAAUAUGUUCCCAAAGACUUAAUGAGACACUUUGAGGAAAAACACAGAGGGAUUGCCCCAUUUUUUUCCUGUCAUGUAUGUAGUUUUAGCACAGACAAGUUCUCCUAUCUUCAGGUCCACCUAUUAAGCCACAAAGACACUUUUUCUAGCUGCAGCAUAUGCAAUGAUGACAUUAGACGCACAUGGCCUGAAUUCAGUGCUCACCUGACUGCGUAUCACUGCCCAAAUGGCAAAUACUCAUGUGAAAUGUGCCAGAAAUUCUCCACAGGUGAUGUUAGAGUAUUUUUAGAGCAUGUGUACGUACAUAAUUUGGACCUGGAAGGAGCCGAUGAUCUGUUGGUGCACACAAAGGACGUGAAUCAGCUAUCAACUACUCAAAGGUUACACUGUCAUCUCUGUGGCUUUGAGGCAUCUCAGAAAUGGUUGAUAACUAAGCACAUUAAGACUGCCCAUAUGUGCCAGAAUGGCAACCAGAAGAAAAAAAGGAAGGCGGUUCAUUCUCUAGCAAUACAACCAAAUGAUACAAUCCCCAAUGUGAAGCCCAGAACAAGAAGUGCAGUUAGGGAAAUGCGCUGGCUGACGCCGGACUGCCUUUCUCUGCCCGGGAAAGAAUUCUUGGAUAAAUACUGCCAUCUGUCAGAUCCACACACAACACUAGAGGAGACUCAACAGUUUCUGAUGAAAUCUGUCGCAGGAGAAACCGGUGACCAGAAAUGGACCAAGGCCCUGAAAACUGUUCUGUCAAACAUCCCGCAAGAUAUAAAUCUUCUCCCCAUGCAGGAGAACAGCAUCGUGUCAUCAGAUCUUACUGUUCUGACGCUGAAGAACAAGAUAACUGUAGCUCAGAACGGUGCUGCUUACGGCAAAAGGUUGAAAACGGUGGCAUCGUCAGAUAAGGAAGCUGAAAGUGCUGCUGGCGAUGCUCAGUGCGUGGUCAACCAAAAUGGAUGUCACUCGACUUUGAACGAGUGUGCUCCGUGUCUGCAUGCUGAAAAUAAACUACAUAAUGAUGUCUCGGCAUCAGCCCACACUGAGCCAACGGAGUGCACUCGCAUCCAGGAAAACCGAGAGAAUCAGGAACUAAAGAUUGUUCAGGAAACUGAAGAGCAUAUUAAAAAGCUGGAGGGGCCUGUUUAUGGUGAUGGCAAUCAUGUUUCCAGUGAUCUGAAGUUGACAAAGGAGGCUGAGGAGCAAAUGCCCAAAUAUAAAGUCAUGCCAAAAAACAAGAGGAAAUGUCGACGGCGUAAAAGGAAGACCAGGUUUAAAAAAGCAAAUGAAAGGUCACCAGAGCUGUCGUUAAAGAUAGUAUUGAAAAAAAAUCCUGUGAAGGACAAGCAGUGGGUGUCACAAACUUCUUUGUCUCCAUCAGAGGGCAGUGGCCAGCAUGGACUGCAAUUUCCUAAUACGGCAAUGGAGGAGACUGUACAGAUUGUCCAAACCGUGAGCCCAUCAGAAGUACACCAGAAGAAAUGGACCAAAGGUUCAGAGACUGAACUUUAUGACCAAUUUGAAGCCAUUAGCUCAAUUCAGCAAUCAAAGCCAAAAGAGGACUUCACCCCAGGAUGCACUGGAAAACCAACAAGUUCUAGAAAUAUGACUGCAAACACGCCAGAUCUACGUGAAUGUUUGAUUCCGGCACAUCAAGAACUGGAGGGCGAUGCAGAGGAAUUGCUGAACUUCAAGGAAGUUGACAAGAGCAUUUCAGCCCUUUGGAUAAGUCCAACAAAUCCAAAGGCUGGGUCAGUGACUGAAGCAAGCCUUGAGAAUGUAGGGCUUGGGCCAUCGCAGAAUGGCAGUCACUACCCUGAGUCGAAUGAUGAGAUGAGUUCUGCUGCUGAUGGAGUGACUCCUCAAAUCAGCGCCCAGUCUUCCUCUAUUUCCCACCCGGCUCUUCCAACACGAGAUAAGAUGGGUUCCUGCUGUGGCCCAUCUGCAAAGCUGAGUGAUCGGAGCAUUGAAGGGGUGAAAUUUGGAGAAGUGCCUGUAGACUCCUUCACAAAUAUCCUCAACAAAAACCAUUCACCUGCUGGUAAAGCCAUCCAAGAAGAGCCCUCAUCAGCCCCUGGCUGUCUGUGGCAGCCCGUUCCAAAAGAUCUGGAGAGGACCUUGAAGUUGGUAGCCUUAAAUCCCUCUCAGCUGGUAAAGCGUCCAACAGGAGACCAGCCUGUUGUAGUGCUAAAUCAUCCCGAUGCUGACAUUCCUGAGGUGGCCAGGAUCAUGGAGGUUGUGAACAGGUACAGAGGAGAUGUGCAGAAGGUCAUACUGUCACGCAGGACUCUGAACGCGCUCUCGGCUUUGAGCGGCGAGCUCCCUGCGGCAGACGACCUAACGGAAGCCGCGUGGAGCGGUAAAAACUCAGUGCAGGAAAGGUUCUCUUUGAAGUUCAAACUUCGCAGGCUGAGCAGGAAAAAGUACGAAAUGGUGGGCAUGAUGUCUCCCAGCAGAGACGUCGUGACAAAGUUUCGCUGCUGGUUUUGCGGCAGGGUCUUCACCAGUCAGGAAAUGUGGCUGGCCCACCGGCAGCGGCACCUGAUGGAGUGGAAUAGGCCAAACUGUGAAAACUCUUAAAUGUCGCACACACUGGAUUUAAAAAAAACAAAACAACCCAAAGCAAACUUAAAAUAGUCUGGAAAAAGGUGAAUUUGCAAUAAGAGAACGCAAUAAUGGAAACCGUUUUUAUUUUUACGUCUAAAAGGUUGUUGUUGUUUUUUUCUUCUUCUUUUCUUUGAUAAGAAUCAAGUCAUGCUUCCUGGAGGGUUCACAUUCUCAGGGUAUUUUUACCUAUUGUCUCUCCCAGUCUGAGUAGCUUGAUGCACCUCUUUUUGGAGAUGAGUGAUUAUUUGUAAAGCCACAAGGAAGUGGCGUUGAUAAUUUUGUUCUUUGUUUGUCUUAUUGUCUACGCAAUAGCUUUAUUUAAGGUGACAUAAGUACACUGUUGUAUGAAAUCUUUAUAGAACACUGUAAUAUGUAUAUUUGCCAUACCAUCUGUUUUACGGAUCAGUUUAUGUACGGGUAGGCUAUACAGUGUGGUAGCUGUAAUAUUUAUGUUUUUUGGAAAGGGUCACAGGGACCCACAAGUUACUCAGAUAAACCAAAACUGUGUGUUUAAAAAAAACAAACAAACAAAAAAACAAAACCCCAAUAAGCUGUUUUAUGAAACAUUUAUUUAUGAUACUUCGGUUUAGCCUUUAUGUGCUUCCUAUAUGCGUUUCCUCCCCAGGCCAUUAGCAAAAUAAGCGUAUUUGCCUUUUUUCUCCCUUUUGUAUAAACUCCAAAUUAUGUUCAAAUAUAGUGUUAACUGCAAGAGAAUAUUUUGAUGCGUUCGUUCAUGCAGUGGGAGCUAAUACACUGAGGACUACUUUCAAAACAUACCUGUGUUGUCAUGUUCAGUGACAAAUUGAGUUCUUAAAAAAAAUCAAACCUAGAUUUUUGAACUUAAAUAGGCCUCGAUGAUCUGAUCAUGAUUUUUAUUUAAUGAAAUUUUUUUGAUCCUCAGUACAUUUCCUCUGUUUGACUUGAAAUGAUGAUAAUCUUAUCCUUUGAUUGCACUAUGAAAGCAGGAUAUACAUUUCCCGUUACCUCACCUUAUCAGGCCGAAGCCUAUGACAAUCUCAACCGGUGUCCUACUGUGGCUCGACAUUUCCUCAUGCAGCCGUGAUCCCUCAGUAUUCACAGAGAGAAAGAGAGAAACGUGUGCCUGCUGUCUUGUUUGUUUGUGUCUGACUAUUGAAUGGAUGUAUGUAUAUAAAUUGUGCAUGAAUCUCCGUUUCAUAAGUGUGAAUAAUUCUUUUUCAGUUUAGCUUCUGAGAUUUAUAAUUGUACAUAGUCCCGCUAGAGGUACAAAAUAUUAUAUAACCUGAGAAUUUUUCACAAAGUGCCUAGGAAUUAUUUUUAUGCAACAAAUGUACACGAGUGUGAUAGCAUUACAUGUUGAAGAGAGAAUAAAUGGAAGACUUUGUAAGUUCCUGGUGGCAUUUUGUUGUGACUGAAUAUACGAGACAAGAAAAGUUUUUUUUAUUGAAACCAAAUAUACAACCUUGUAGAAAUUGCUCCUUGAAGUAUUGCUAUCAUAAGCCUACUGCUUCCUGCUUCUUUCUGCUUACAGCAAAGCUGUCUCAUUCCUUGAUUCAUUUUAAAACACUGUUUACCAACUGAGCAUUAAAAAAAAAAGUGAAUAAAACAUGAGUUUAAAAGUU